AUGGAUCUUGGAUUCGGAGCAUCAGACCAUAUGACAUCCAACAAAUCUUUACUCUCAAAUAUUGUUUCUUUACCCACUCCAUAUCUCAUUACUCUACCUAAUGGCUAUAAAGUGAAAGUAUCAUAUUAUGGUUCUGUGGUACUUAAUUCUGUUGUUACACUUUAUACGGUCCUAUAUGUGCCAACCUUUAAAUAUAAUCUCAUUUCUGUCCACAAAUUGUUAGUUGGUACAUCUUCACUCUUGAUUCUCACCAGCAGUUCCUAUUAUUUACAAGGCCCUUCUCUGAAGAGGCCGUUGGAACUUGGUAAGGUGACAACUGGGCUAUAUCUUGUCAAAUCCAAAACUUUCCAAGUUAAAGAUCCACAAAGUAUUUAUCCUGUUGUUUUUAUCCUUUAUGUUUCUGCAAAUAAUGUGACUAGUACCAAAUCUCAUGUACUAUGGCUCAAUAGAUUAGGCCAUCUUCCUUUUUCAGAACUGCAAAAACUUAAUUGUGCUGAUAUCCCUCACUGCAAUAGACAUCCUUUCAUUUGUGACAUAUGCCCACUUGCUAGACAACAAAGAUUGCUUUUUUCACAAAGUGCUUCCUCUUCUCAGAAUAUUUUUGAUCUUCUUCAUGUUGAUAUAUGGGACCCUAUCACACUCCUACACAAAGACAUUAUAACUAUGAAGCUUCUCAAUUCCUUCAAUCUAAAGGUGUCAUCCAUCAAACCACAGUUCCUUGCUUUACUUUUUCUAUCCAGAUUACCAAUUCAUUUUUGGGGUGAUUGUGUAUUGACAGCUACAUACUUGAUAAAUAGAUUCCCCAGUACUGUUUUGUCAGGCAAAACUCCCUAUGAAUUACUUUCUGGUGUGUUGCCCACAUAUACACACUUGAGAAGUUUUGGAUGUCUUUGUUAUGCUGUUACACCUAAACCCUUCAGGGAUAAGUUUUCCCCUAGGUCAGUUACAUGUAUUUUUCUAGGUUAUCCACCUGGAAAGAAAGCUUACAAACUCCAACAGUUGUCUGAUAGGAAAACACUUAUUUCAAGAGAUGUGAUUUUUCAUGAGAACAUUUUUCCAUUUUGCAAAUCCUCCAUACCAAAGACACUAUUCGCAAAUCUGCCAUCUAUACUUCCAGACCCAGAACAAUCACCUCACAUUGACCAUGUACCAGCACCUUUUCCAACUUCUACUCAUGAACCUGGCUCCAACAUUUCUUCUAGUGGUGAUAUGGAUGCACCUUUAUCCAGUCCUAUUGUGUCUCCUAAUUCUCUCCUUCCUCUCUUGUCCCUAUUUCUCCUUCCAUUUCUUCUGAUCCUACUGACCCUACUGUUGUUCCUGGAAGAUAUCCUUCUAGAAAUCACAAUCCUCCUUCUUAUCUUCAAGAUUAUAUCUGUCCCACCUUAA